UCCUCAUUGGUGCUGGAAGAUCAAAACAACCGCCGAGAUGAUGACUAAACCACUGCUCCUCCUGGUUGCUCUGACUCUCUGCUGCUGCAUUGCCUCUAUGCAUGCUCUUCAGGCAGGCAGGUGCCAAUGCGCACGGACGACCUCUAAUGUCGUUCCUGUCCAGAUCAUCAAGAAAAUUGAGGUGUUUCCUAUCACUGGAUACUGUCGCCGGACUGAAGUCAUAGUCACCAGGAAGAACAACUCUCGUGUUUGUGUCGACCCCAACGCAGAGUGGGCCAACAGCCUGCUCAAGCGUUUGCAAAGUAAAAACCAGAACUCAACUGCCAAGCCAUCCACUGCUGCCUCCACAACUAACUGAUCACAUUUUGUGGCACGUUUUGACAUAUCUGUGGCUUCAUUUAAAUUCAUCAAACUGUGAAUGACUGCAGGAGAUGCUGUCCAGCUUUAAAAACUGUUUGUAAUCAAAUUUUAUACAAUUCAGCAUCUUAAGCUGAAGUUUUCUUUGAUGCAUUGGGCUUUUUUUUUUAAGUUUUAGAUGUUGAUAAAAUGUGAAUAUUAGCACAAUAAUGCUGUUUUAGUGCUUCCUCAUAUGCCUGAAGUACUGACUCUUGUUGUCAUAGACUUUAUCUGUGCUGUUUUAAGUAUAUAAUGUGUUAUCAGGGAAUUCAUUAUUGCUGCAUGGAUACUCAGACUCUGAAAUAAAAAUGUUUUAAAUGUGUUUAUGUUGCCAUAUUAGUGUCAGAGCCCACAAAUCUAUACUGUGAAGUCAAUUAAAUUUUAAUGAGGACAAAUAGAAGAUGCUGUCCUGUAACUUUGACUCUGUAAUGUGAAUCAAAUGCCUCGAUUAUAUUUGGGAUAAUGCUGUAACCUUUGACAUGUUCACGUUGAAUCCAUGACUUGUCUUCUCAUGACGAAUAAAAAUCAUAGACACAAAGAA